GGGUACAAGAUGGCUGCCAAUUUGAUCGGGCAUGCUUCGAGCAUGGAAGACAACACUUGAAAUUUUUGAUUUAAUUCGUCCAUAAGAUAAAAUCGUAAAAAUUCUACCGCCAAUAUUCAAUUAUACUUCAUUCUUAUUUAAAGGAAUAUUAGAUAAUGUCAAGGAUUAAGAAUUGAAUUGUUAAGAAAUUUAUAAGCAUAUUUUGUAUUGUUACUCUUUGAUAAGCCUGUUGUAAAAUGGGUACACCGAGUGCCCCUGUUUUAUCCGUCAGUCAACAAAAAAGAUCUCUUUCAGCGAAAAAGAAAGGACCCCCUAAAGCUGUUCGCAAUGUGCUAGUUCAACCAUUUGAAUCACUUUGGCCUGUAUUAAAGAAGGAAGACUGUAAACCUGUGGAAAAAAUUCUAAGAGCAAAGUCCAUUAUUUUCGGAGCGAAUGCAGUCAUGCGUGCUUUAGAAAAGGGUGACGUGUGUUCUGUUUUACUGAACACUAAUAUAGAUCCUCCAUUUGCAACAAAACAUAUUGUUGUUAUGUGUCAAGGAAAAGCAAUUCCCAUUAUAUUAAUGCAAUCUCUAAAAAGCAUCACACUGCAAGCAUUGGGUUUUGCAUCAAUUGUUAUUGCAUUGAAGAAGCACGUAGCGGAUUCUACAGACAAUUAUUUUUAUAAAUUACAUGAAGCAGUUUGCAAUAUUGCAUCUAACUUAUCAGUUCCAAGGACACCUGUUCAGCUAUUUCAGUCAGGAAGUGAUUCUGAAGAUAGUUUAGUAACAAUGGACGAUGAAUCAAAUAUGGAAAUCAAGAACGGGUCAAAUACUCCUAAAGUUCCUAAAACCUGUAGAGUGCCAACAGAUUUGUACCUUUAUAGGUCUUCUGAAAAGGAAAGAGCAUUCGUACCACCAGGUGAUAAAGGCAAUUGUUCUGGGAAUAUCAAAAGUUCUGAUGAUUUUGUACCACUUGGCAAAGAUUUAGACCCUAUUUUCAAAGAUCAUGGGCGAAAAGAAACAAAGAAACCCAAGAGAUAUAUAGAUUUAUCUGAAAGUGCAGAUAAUAAUCCUAAAUUAAAUGAUUUUGUGCCAUUAUGUUCUUAUUCAAGUGAAACAGCUGUGACAAAAGAUGAAACUCAGGAUAUGAACUCAAGCAACGCAGGAUGUCAUGAUCCGAAUGAUGAGCAAUCAGGGAUAUCUCAACAAAUUAAUAAUCCUGUUACUAAACCAAAGAAACAUAAACAGGAAACAGCUACCUAUAUACCAUUAAAAGUGAAAAGAUUGCAAGGGAAUUGUAAUCGCUUGAAAGCAACAAAAGUUUCAAAAGUGAAGAAAAAAUAAUUCCUAAGUAAACAAUGAGAGACCCAUCAUGCCUCCAGGAAUUCGACUCACCAAAAAUGACAGCAUUGCAAUCAAUUGCAAAACUGCACUUAAUACAGUUAAAGGAGUCGAUUGUAAAUGUAAUGCAAAGUAAAGAGUGCU